AUGGGCAAGAACGUGUUCGCCGUCCAGGUGUUCUUCAUCGUCUUCCGAGAAGUUCUGGAAGCCGGCAUCAUUCUCUCUGUCCUCCUCUCUUUCUUGAAGCAGGUCAUCCGACCGACGCAAGAUGAAGCGUUAUAUAAACGAUUAGUACGGCAUGUCUGGUUGGGGGCAGGCGCCGGUAUAUUCUGUUGUCUCUGCAUUGGUGGCGCCUUUAUCGGCGUGUUUUACGGCCUCGGCCACGACAUCUGGUCCAAGUCCGAGGACCUCUGGGAGGGCAUCUUCUACAUUAUCGCCACCGUCAUCGUCACGGCCAUGGGUCUGGCCCUGCUGCGCGUCAACAAGAUGCGCGCCAAGUGGCAGGUCAAGAUCGCCCAGUCGCUGAUCAACAAGAAGUCCAUCCGCGAGGGUGGUCUGCGUGCCUACUUCCACCAUUUUGGCCGUCGCAACGUCAUGUUCAUCCUGCCCUUCAUCACGACUCUGCGUGAGGGUGUCGAGGCGGUCGUGUUCGUCGGUGGCGUCUCGCUCAACUACCCGGCCACGUCCUUCCCUUUGCCUGUCGUGACCGGUUUCAUCGCUGCCUCGCUGAUCGGCUACCUGUUCUACCGCGGCGGAAACGUCAUGUCCAUCCAGAUCUUCCUCAUCUUCUGCACCAGCGUGCUCUACCUGAUCGCCGCCGGCAUGUUCAGCCGCGCCAUCUGGAGCUUCGAGAACUACAAGUACGUCAAGGGUGUCGGCUCCGACGUGUCUGAGCAGGGUUCCGGCGACGGCUCCUACAACAUCCGCCAGGCCGUCUGGCACGUCAACUGCUGCAACGCCGAGACCGACAACGGCUGGGACGUCUUCAACGCCAUUCUCGGCUGGGAGAACACCGGCACGUACGGCUCCGUCAUCGGCUACUGCUGCUACUGGCUGCUCAUCAUCGUCUCCGUCAUUUUCCUCAUGUACGAGGAGCGCACCGGCUACCUGCCGGGUGCUAAAUUCGGCCUCAACGUUGCUGCCAAGAUCCCUGGCCUUCGCGGCUGGGCCAAGAAGCGCAUCUUCGCCCAUGAGCACGGCAUCGAUGUUGACGAAAUCGUUCAACAGGUCAACGCCGAGCAUUUGGCGUAG